AUGUUCACUACUACCAGCGGCCGAAACAAGUCAUACAGGGACAGCUUCUCGCAGCGUGUCAACAAGCCGUUGAAUAAGAGACAGCGGUCAUUCAAGGAGUACGCUCAAACGAGGAAGAUUAACACCCAGCAAGCAUCUCCGGCAUCGAGCUCGCCAACGAAGAGUCAGGCCACCUCGCCAGUAUCCCCCAACCUCAAUUCAGCCAUAGUCACGAUAUGCGUGGGUCCAUCACACCGUCUCUUCGCAGCGCAUGAAGACGUACUCUCCCGAGCACCGUACUUCGCUCAAGCGUGCCGAGCGCAAUUCUUCGAAGCGUCAGGCAAGCGCAUCGACCUACCGAAUGAGGAGCCUGAAGUCUUCUCCGCAGUGCUAGAAUAUCUCUACAAAGGCGACUACACCCCAAAGCUCAUCUACGACAAAAAGCGGGCAAGCUGGAUGCUUGAUGAUGGUGAAGGUACUGGUGCCGUCAACGCGGAAAGCACGAUUUAUUGCAACGGCAUCGGUGGCUCUGUGCUGAAAGACACCGCGAUAUAUUGCUCCGCUCACCGAUACUCACUGCCAGAGCUCCAACGCCUCGCCCUGAAGAAGCAAGGCCUGCAGUCUGGCGUACAAUGCAGCACCAUCCUGUCCUCAGCACGCUACGCUUACGCAAACACACCUGCCUCUGACUCGAAGCUACGAGCGCACUACCUCGCCCUCAUCAUCAGGUCGCGUAACACCUUCAAGCGAAGCGGCACCAUGCAGAUGGAGAUGGAAGCCGGAGGCACGCCGCUGUUCUUCGAUCUUUUUGUGGCGAUGGUCAAUCACCUUGAUGACAUCUCUGGUGCCCGCUCGCGCUAG